CUGCCUGUCGAGUGAGUGACAGAUUCAUAAAGUGGUUGUUUACAGCAAAGAGUAGCUUGUCACAGUAAGGUUGAGCAGUUCAAGCGGUGAAUAGAAGCCAGCGAUCAGCACUAUCACCAGGGAGCGCCAGUCGUGAUGGGUAAUCAGAAGAUCCUGAUCGUUUGGGUGUGGAUGUUACUGUUGGCGUCGUUGCAUCCCUGGGCGCACUGCAAGCGUGGAGGAGGUUUCGGUGGCAGGAGUAAGGGAGCGGGUCUGCCAGACAGAGCUCCUCCUUCCCAGAGCAAAGGCAGACAGGGCCUUAAGCUGGCAGGUGCUGCAGCCGCGGGGGCUCUCGGUGGAGCGGCCAUCGGCUAUGGGCUGGGCUCUUUGGGAAGGCCGAGGUAUGGCUACGGCUACGAUGGCUCCUCAGAGGGGGACAGGCGCUACGAUGGACCGGGAUACAAUCGCACGGACUCGAGAUAUUACAGGAACAAAGGCAGCUCCGAACACGUGACCAGCGUCCUCAUAAUACUCGGAACGGUCACACACGUCUUCAUGUGGGGAUGAGUUCAGGGUUUGAGGCAGACGAGAUGCAAAGAGGGUUUAUUUUGGAUGCAAUCAUUUUCGUUGGUAAAGUGUUUGAUAGAGAGAAACCUAACGUACACCAGCAAUAUAUUUGGAGAAAUAUGAAACUUAUUAGACCGCACAAACUACUAGGUUACACAAACUACGGGUCAAAUGUUAAAAGUGAAACUUAAAACGAAAUUACAUUGGCCUUGCAUACAUUUUAACACACACACACACACCUUGUGUGAAUUACACUUAUAUACUCUGCACUUUGUAGUUCAGUUUGCUGUCUCUGUGAACGUUUGACAGAAAAAAAAAAUCAAUAAAACACUGACCAUCGUUUAGUGAUCUCACAGAACUUACCGGUAUUUUGAGACAAAUAUGUGAAUUAUGCUUUACCGCCAUCUUUGUACUUAUCUGUUUGUAUGGCAAUUUAAGCUACUUAGCUACUUCUGAAAGCGACUAAUGAUGUAUGAUGAUGUGCAUAUCCUAUAAUAUAUGUCCCAAAUUGGUAGACCUGGACUGAUUUAAAUAUCAGUUUUACUAUUUAACAUAUUCAAAUAUUUUAGCUAUACGUGAUGAAUGUAAAAUUCUAUUUAAUUCAUGUGUUGCUAUACCACACAAUUCUGCAAUUAUAUGUCACUGUGGAUUUUAAUUUAGGAUUUAAUUUAUUGGAGUCAAAAGUCAUUCAAUGCAACUGAAUGACUUUUGACUAUAGCUUUAAAUAGCAAUACAAUUAUUUGAUGCAAACUCUUUUAGGGUUGGGCAAAAUGAAAAGCAGCCUGACAUAAAAGUGCUUUUGCUGUUCUUUUCGUUCCAGUGAUAUCAUUUAAUACGCUACUUUUGGUUUCAGGGUUUGAUUUGUAUUUUGGUUUUAAUGUCACUGUGUUCUCUUUGCUGUUUUCAGAGUGAAAUGAAUAAAUAAUUGACAGCUUA